AACUCUGCAAACAAGUUGCAGAAACAUGGAAGCUUGCUUUCUCUCAUCAAAUUCCUUCACUAAAAGCCUUGAGAUUGUGCCCUCAAUCAAGCCUACAUCUCUCAUCUUCCCUAGGAAAAACUCCCACUCUAGGAAACUUACUUUCCCAUCUUCUAUAACAUGCUGCCAUCUUGGUUCAUCUUCACCGAUGGAUGACAACAACAACAAACCAACCCUUGAUUCUGAUUGGCGCUCAUUCAGAGCAAAACUAGUUGCUAUAGAGAAAGCAUCAAAGCCUGAGGACUCUUCAUCAUGGACGGAUCCUGAUACAGUUGUCGAUCAUCCUCCAUCAGUUUCAGUUAGUGACAAAUGGGUCCACACCAUCCAUGAGCCCGAAAAGGGCUGUCUACUCAUUGCGACCGAGAAGCUCGACGGAGUCCAUAUUUUCGAACGAACAGUGAUCCUACUCUUGUCAACAGGGCCCAUAGGCCCAUCCGGGAUCAUCCUGAAUCGACCAUCCCUCAUGUCCAUCAAGGAAAUGAGAUCACCGAUCAUGGACAAUGGGGGAACAUUUUCGGACAGGCAGUUGUUUUUCGGUGGGCCGUUGGAAGAGGGGUUGUUUUUGGUGAGUCCGAGAAAGGAUGAUAAUGGCACGGGGAAGAGCGGAGUUUUCGAAGAAGUGAUGGAAGGGCUGUAUUAUGGGACAAAAGAGAGCGUGGGGUGUGCGGCUGAGAUGGUGAAGAGAAAUGUGAUAGGGGCAGGGGAGUUGAGGUUCUUUGAUGGGUAUUGUGGGUGGGAGAAAGAGCAGUUGAAUGAAGAGAUUAGGGCUGGUUAUUGGACAAUUGCAGCCUGUAGUCCUAAUGUAAUUGACCUUGGAAGUGUUGGGCUUUGGGAUGAAAUUAUUGGGCUGUUGGGCCCUAGAAAGGUUUGGUAAAGGGGCAUCAUGUCGGAUCGAUUUUAGGAAAACCAACCCGAAUAAUCGAUCCGAUGUAAAUUAAAAUACUAUUUGAAUCCGAAUUCAUAAAAUGUAACUUUAAAAUCUACAAAUAUUUGAAGCCAUGCUCAUGAAUAGGCCAAGUUCCAUCA